AUUUGUGUAGAUAUAUAGAUAAAUGAACAAGAUCAAGAGAAGGUGUUGUUGUGUAUGGUAUUGUUGUUAAUUUUUGUUAUGCUACUUUCCUUCAACCACAAUCUCUCUUUCUCUCUCCCACCACCCAUUCAUCUUUUUCUCUCUCUUCAUUUCUCUCCCUCAUUCUCCUCCUCAAUCUCAUCACCAUAACAAUCUUCUUCUUUUCUUCUUUAACCCAUCAAAACCUCUCUCUAUAUCUCUAUCAUCCAUCAAACCCUUGUUUGACAUAGAAAAACUUUGAAGAUGAAGAUGAGUUUUUUGUGAGAAUAUAAAGAAAAAGGAAAACUUGAAAGGUUUUUCAUUAGAUUCAUCAAUUUUUGCGUUUUUUUGGCAGAUUUGAUUUUCUGGGUUGUUUUAGAACUUGAAAAAGAUUGAACCUGUGAAGAUGGGUCGAGGAGGUGCUACAACCGCUGCGGCGGCGGUCGAACCGGUUUUUUUCAAAGAACCGAGAUACAGAGGGGUUAGAAAAAGACCGUGGGGACGGUUCGCGGCUGAGAUCAGAGAUCCUUUGAAGAAAGCAAGGGUUUGGCUUGGAACCUUCGAUACCGCUGAAGAGGCGGCGCGUGCGUACGACACCGCCGCUAGAAAUCUCCGUGGACCGAAAGCCAAGACAAAUUUUCCUCUCGCACAGCCUUUUUAUCAAAAUCCUGAAGCCGGAAAUCCGUUCGGCGAGCUUAGAUUCUACGCCGGCGGUGCCGGAGAAGGUUUUCAGGAUCAUCGGAGACCUACCUCAAGUGGUAUGAGCAGCACGGUUGAGUCCUUCAGCGGUCCACGUCCGGUCAGACCACCGAUGCCGCCGUCUGCUGUCACCGGGAGGCGUUACCCAAGGACACCGCCGGUUGCUCCUGAAGACUGCCGUAGCGACUGCGAUUCUUCAUCAUCGGUUGUCGACGAUGCCGACAACGACAACGCGGCUUCAUCCACUAUGCUUUCGUUUAAACGCCAGCCGCUGCCGUUUGAUCUGAACGCGCCGCCGUUGGAGGAAGGUGACGUGGCGAACGGACUCGGUGAGGAUCUGCACUGCACUCUUCUCUGCCUCUAAUGAAAAUUGAGAUAUGUGAUGUAUUGGAUCGUGAAGAAAAUUAUGAAUUUUUUUUACUUUAAUUUUUUUGCUUUUUCUUUUUUUCCCCUUUUUUUAAUUAUGCGGAAAAAAUGAAAAUGAAGAUGAAAUUUAUGAUUGAUGAUCGGUUAUGAGAUUAUGGUUGAUAUAAUCUUAAUUUCUGUGAGAGUUUGUCUUCUCUUCUGCUUUGAUGUAUGAAAAAAAGGCUAUAUAUUAUGUUAUCAAUCAUAAUUUUAUUUUCCAUGUUUUUGUUCUCUCUAAUUUCUAAGGAUAUUAUGAGAUGAAAACUGGAGAUUAUUAUGAUCUAUCUUUUAGAUCUUGAAUGGUUAUUGAUUGAGAGAUUCAUCUGA